GUUGCUUUUUGGCUAUUAUCAGUCAUGGCAGUCUCAAAGCAAGUGCUUGCUUAUUGCUGGAUUUCAGUUGUUUUGAUGCGGCUUACAACUUGCAAGGACGAAUCAGAGGAAAAUGGACAUCAGAAAUAUGAUUAUGGAAGGGAAAUUCAUGAGGGAAUAGUGUACGAGUUUGUUCAGGAGUCCAUGCCAUGGGGUGAAGCCCAUGAGAGAUGUGAAAAACAAGGUGGACAUCUUCUGAGGGACAUGAAUGAUGAGAUUAAGGAGCUCUUACAAAGCCAGUCCAAAGAAACCGGACCGUGGUGGGUCAGUCGGGAUUUGAUGUUUACAAAUUCCUAUAGGGGAUUUGAGCCAACAAACCCUGUCUCAGAUAAUGCCAGUGAUGUGAAUAAAGAUGACUUUGCUUGCACCUAUAUGGUGAUGGAUCCAUUUCAGCUGGUGACCACACCCAACUGCUCUGUGAGCUUUGGCUCCCUCUGCACGCGAGAUUCAAACACAAAACUGAAAAGGAGCCGCAGAGGUCUUACUGACGUGUUAACGUUAAUGCAAGGCAAUUUAGGUACUACUCAGCUAUUGCAGAAUGCCAAACAAAUGUUGAAGGAUUUGGAGACGACAACGGAAGAACUGUCAAAAGACAAUAGGGUCAAAUACCUGCAAAGCAUAUAUGAUCACCUACAAAAAAACACUGUAACAGAUACAGGCGAGCUUGCUGAAAUUGUCAACAGCACCGCAGCCAUGCUUUUGUACUCACAAGAGUGUGAACCUGACAACAUGGAUGAUUUUGAGGAUCUUAUUACUCUUGCCGGAAACAUUUACGCGAAGGCUCUAGCUGAUAACGGGAACGUUGUCAAGGAACUUCCAACAGGCACCAUUUAUGUCACCAGGCAAGAAUCAAGCACUCUGGGUGGAAAGUCCAUUGGUUCAAAGGAUGGAGGAUAUUGCCAACUUCCAUCUCUUUCUGCAAUGACAGGCCAACUGCCCUCUGGGAGUGUCAAUGUUCAGCUCUUCCAAUUUAAAGAGAAUCCAAUAGAAAUGAAGUCCAACGAAAGCAUCACUGGAUCAACUUGCAGCUUUUCUUUGCAGAAGGGAAACACUUCAGUCAAAUUCACGAAUCUUCCAGAGAACAUUGAGAUAUAUCUGCCUCGGCCUGAAGCGUCUGAGCCCGAAGUUGUGGAUAUAACCUGGAAAAAAGGUUUUACUGUCACCUCAACGUUCAACAUCUCAGAUGUAAAUGUGACCGUUGUUGUCACAGCCAUACCAAAUCGAAACAUAACUCUCAGUUUUAACUUGUACCCACCCCAUGGGGCAAACAACACCUCUUUGAAUCAAAGCACUAUUGUGACUUACAAAGAUGGUUAUCGCUGGCUGAUCACCCCUGAGAUGAUAAAGCAAGUCGAUGGGACAUGGAAGGUGGAAGUGUUCCCAAAUGAUUACACCUCAAGUGUGACGCUGACCUUUAAAGUUUCAGUUUUUGUAACCAAGUGCCUGUUUUGGGACACAGAUCUUGGAGACUGGAAUAGAGAGGGCUGCAUGGUUGGUCCCAAUACAAUGCCGAACCUAACUCACUGCUUGUGCAACCACACAACGUUCUUUGGGAGCUCCUUCUUUGUGAUGCCCAACCAAGUUGAUCUGUCCCAGACAGCAGCUUUGUUUUCCACAAUAAAUGAGAACUAUAUAGUGGUGGUUUUACUCAGCUGCUUCUUUGCCCUCUACCUUGUGGUUGUAAUGUGGGCCUGGUAUGCCGACCGCAAAGCUCUGAGAACGCGUAAGAUGACUCUUUUAGAGGACAAUCAUCCAUGUGCCCAAUACAACUACCUUUUUAAUGUGCAGACAGGCCACAGAAGAGGGGCUGGCACCACUGCAAAGGUAAAGGUGACCCUCCAAUUCACAGAAGGGCAGAGUGAAUCUUACAAUUUGUCUGACCCUGAGAAACCAGUGUUUGAGAGGGGAGGCGUGGAUGUGUUUCUGCUCAGUAUGCCCUUCUCUCUCGGAGAACUGCAGAGCAUUGACAUAUCGCAUGACAACUCUGGGAGAAGCCCUGACUGGUACUUGGACAAAGUGCAGGUACUGGAUUUACAGACACAGGACGUCUCACACUUUCUGUGCUCCACUUGGCUGAGAGGUGAAAUGUGCAAGAGGACCUUCAACUCAGCCAAAAUGAAUGAAAUUGCAAGUUUUGGCAAUAUCUUCCAGACCCGGACAUCCUCUGGCUUCCGGGAUGAGCACAUCUGGGUGUCGAUUGUUGACCCCCCGCGGCGCAGUCCUUUCACACGCGUGCAGAGAGUGUCGUGCUGCAUGUCUCUGCUGCUCUGCACCAUGGCCAUUAACAUCAUGUUCUGGAACCUUCCUACUGAUGCAGAGUCUCCUGUCCUUCUAAAGAUAGGCUCUUUUGAACUGACAUGGCAGGAGUUCAUGGUAGCCGUAGAGAGCGGCCUUUUCAUGUUCCCCAUCAACAUCCUCAUCAUUACUAUCUUCAGACACAUUAAACCACGCUUUCUUCGUAACAAAGACAAGGCUGACUCCUCCAAGAAAACAACAACAGCUGCUUCUGUGUCUAUGAACACUAUCAUGAAGGAAACCAUAGGACUUUUAAAUCAUCUCAGCAAAAGCCCCAAAAACAUGCUGGCUGCCAAAGAGAUACGGCCUGAGACAAGUGGUGAUCUUUUCUGGGCCCUGAAUAAAGUGAAUGACGUCCUUCAGAUUAUGCAAGUGGAAAUUGUUGGUGACCGUCAUUGGUCGUACUGCAGCCGCUUCGUGUUCUAUUCGCUGAGCCACAUUUCUCGCCUACUGGAGCAUGUGGGAGAAAAGGGUUAUUUUCUUAAUGAAGAGCUUCGGGAGGCACGGGGGACAGUCGGUGUUCUGCUGAAGAAGGCUGAAAUGGCGUCUCUCCAGCAUACUUCCCAAAGUACGCCAAUUGUGCAAGUACAGAAGAAGAAACAGGGUUGGUGGUUACCUUGGUGGUUUCUUUUUAUUGGCUGGAUCCUGCUUUUUGCCAUGAGCGCGCUUUCCACCUUCUUUACCCUGUUUUAUGGCUUCCAGUACGGAAGGGAGUCGUCCAUACAGUGGGUGAUCACUCUUACAUUAUCGCUUGUCCAAAGCAUCUUCAUCUUGCAGCCCCUUAAGGUGAUAUUUGUGGCAAUCUUCUUUGCCAUGAUCCUGAGGCCAGUAGCUGUGGAGAACAAUGAGGAGGUUGAACUGCUCCUGCAGGAGCAAAAGGAAAAAUGUGAGGAAUACUCUGGGAGAUCAAUAUCCUGAUUUUGUCGUGCCUCAAAUUCAAAUUGAGAAGGAAGAUGCUUGGUUUGAGAUCUCAUCAAACUCACCCAAUUUUAUUCUAGAUUUUGGUGUUGGGAACAGAGGAUGCCAUUUUCAUAACUAUGUAAAUGACUGGCGUCUCACUGUCUCUUGCAGUUUAUAAUCCAUUUGUGUAGGCAGACUUUAUUUUUCAUGUUUGUAUUUUAGUAAGAUACCUAUAUGUACAGAACUUUGUGUCAAAAAUGUUAUUAUUUAGUCUAUACUGUUACAAUAACAAUGGUCUAUAGUUCAACACACUCAUCAAGUUUUAUUUUUGCUCAAAUCAAAAAACAAAAGUGGGUUUUCUAAUAGACCAUAGCAAUAAUGUUAUUUGAAAAAGAAAAUGUCAGCUGUCAUAUCGGGAUUAUUUUAAAAAAGACUGUCUGAAAAUAUAUGAAUAGAUCUACAUGUUGGUGGUCAGUAUCAUUCUAGACAUUGCAGUUUUUCUUUAAAUUACUAGAAGAUCAGAUUCUCAUAACACUCACAUUUUGUUUCUGCUGUAAUUGUUGACAUUUGCGAAGUGUAAUCUCUGAGUGUCGAUUUUGAAAAUAUAAAUUACUGAAUAUUCACUAUUAUGUCUCAGUUAACUCCAUAAAUGCUCUGCAAAAAUGUAUUUUAGUAUACCUUCAAUAAAAAUUUAUUUU